GGGGAUGGCGGCGGCGGCGGCGGCGGCGGGGCCUGGAGCCGGAGCCGAGCUCGUGCAGCUGAACGUGGGCGGCCGCAGGUUCAGCACCUCCCGCCAGACGCUCACCUGGAUCCCGGACUCCUUCUUCUCCAGCCUCCUCAGCGGGCGGAUCUCCACCCUGAAGGACGACACAGGCGCGAUCUUCAUUGACCGAGAUCCAGAUGCCUUUGCCCCGAUCCUAAAUUUCUUGCGGACAAAAGAACUCGAUGUCCGGAAGACCAACCUGUCGCUGCUCCUGCAUGAAGCCCAGUUCUAUGGAAUCACUCCGCUUGUGCGCCGCCUGCAGCUGCAGCAGGAGCUGGAGCAGUCCUCUUGCGGGUGUGUCCUCUUCAGUGGCUAUUUGCCAGCGCCAGUGUUCCCUGCCAAGCGCUGGAACCGGCACAGCGUCGCAGGAGCACAGCUGGCUGUCCGGCCGGGAAGCCUUGGGGAGCGGGCCCUCGUGCGCCGGAGCAACACCAUGCCCCCCAGCCUUGGAAACGCUGGGCUUCCAGGGCGCCUGCUGGAGGAGCGGGGCUCGGCAGGAGCUCCAGGUGAGCCGGCUAUGGUGCGGCUUCUCUGUGGCCACCACAACUGGAUCGCUGUGGCCUACGCGCAGUUUCUUGUCUGCUACAGGAUGAAGGAGACGUCCGGCUGGCAGCUGGCCUUCUGCAGUCCCCGGCUGGACUGGGUCAUCGAGCAGGUGGCCCUGAAUGCCCGGGUGCUCGGCGGCUCCCUGGGGGACAGCGACAAGAUGGUGGCCGCCGCGUCCUGCAACGAGAUCCUGCUCUGGGCACUGCAGCCUGAUGGGAACGGCAGUGAGAUCGGUGUGUUCCACCUGGGAGUCCCCGUGGAGGGCCUGUUCUUUGUGGGCAGCCAGCUCAUCGCCACCAGCCACACAGGCAAGAUAGGAGUCUGGAACGCGGUCACCAAGCACUGGCAGACUCAGGACAUGGCCCCGAUCAGCAGCCACGAUGCGGCAGGCUCCUUCCUGCUCCUGGGGUGCAACAAUGGCUCCAUCUACUAUGUGGAUGUGCAGAAGUUCCCUCUGCGCAUGAAAGACAAUGACCUUCUGGUGACCGAGCUGUACCGCGACCCCUCCGAGGACGCCAUCACCGCCCUCAGCGUCUACCUCACGCCCAAGAGCAGCGACAGCGGCAACUGGAUCGAGAUCGCCUACGGCACCAGCUCCGGGAUGGUGCGGGUGAUCGUCCAGCACCCGGAGACAGUGGGCUCUGGGCCGCAGCUCUUCCAGGCCUUCGCCGUCCACCGCAGCCCCGUCACCCGGGUGAUGCUCUCCGAGAGGCACCUUAUCUCAGUCUGUGCCGACAACAACCACGUCCGCACGUGGACGGUGACCCGGUUCCGCGGGAUGAUCUCCACGCAGCCGGGCUCCACGCCGCUCGCCUCCUUCAAGAUCUUGGCACUGGAGUCUGUGGAUGGGUGCGGGGGCUGCAGCGCCGGCACAGACAUAGGCCCCUUCGGCGAGCGGGAUGACCAGCAGGUCUUCCUCCAGAAGGUGGUGCCGGACGCCAGCAAGCUCUUCGUGCGCCUGUCCUCCACGGGCAAGAGGAUCUGCGAGGUGCGCUCCGUGGACGGGGCGCCCAUCACGGCCUUCACGGUGCAGGAGUGCGAGGGCUCCAGUCGCAUCGGCUCCCGGCCGCGCCGCUGCCUCUUCACCGGCCACAGCAACGGCAGCGUGCAGAUCUGGGACCUCACCACCGCCAUGGAGAUGGGGGGCCAAGCGCCUGGCGCCGGCGGCCUCUCUGAGGAGGAGCUUCUGCGGGAGCUGGAGCAGUGCGACCUGGCGCUGAGCCACGGCCUGGAGGCCAGCCCCACGGGGCCUGCUGCCCCCACGAGUAGACCCUGCGCAGCUCGCACCAGCAGCCCCCAGCUCCAGGAGGCGGACGGUGCCCGAGAGCGGCCAGCCAGGGGUGUGCAGCCCCUUCCUCGCCGCUGGAGCCGCGAGGACCUGCCCAGCUUGCAGCGAGGGGGCUGGGACGGGCGCCAGCAGGGUGGGAGGUUUGUUGAGAGGUGCCAGGAGCUGGCCCGUUCCUCGGAGCUGGCCCAGCCCGAGGGCCAGCGCAGCCCCCGCGCCCAGGAGCUGGGGGGCAGGGCCAGGCACUGCAGGCUCCCUGCUGGCGGUGCAGGCCAAGGCGCUGCCGGCCUGAGCCCGCCCUCCCCGGAGCCCGCCCUCCCGCUGGCCCUGUCCCGGCUGCGGCUCAGCGAGACCUCCUUCUGACCCCGCGGCGAGUGGCUGCCCUGCUCCGGCGGAGCCGCACUGUGGCUCCGAGCGCCAGGCGCCCCACGCCACCCCGCCGGCCCCGGCCAGCCCCUUGCACGGGGCCCUGCUUGCCACGCAGCACAUGGCCCCUGGCCCCGGCCCCGGCCCCGGCGCCCUCGUGCCUCUCGCUGCAGCCCAGGAGCCUCUCAGGGAUUCUGCCUCACAUGGACGCAGGCUGCGGCCUUCGUAGGGGGGUGCUGGGAGGUCCUCUGCGGAGGGUCCGGAUGGGGCUUCCCCCACCCCCACCCCCACCUCCUGCUGAAAAGCCAAAGCCGCCUGUGAGCAAUAACAACGCGCUCUGGCCCUUCCGCGCUGCUGCAGCCCUUCCCUGAGUUGUAUCCGCUUGAGACGCGAUGAAUAAACGUGGAAGGACC